AUGCACAGAACAUAUUCUUUGAGGGGCCAAAGAGCCCCAACUGCCUCGCAAUUGCAAAGCCCUCCACCUCCACCAUCCACUACUAGGUCAAAAUUCUUCGGUAAGGCUUCUAUUGCUUCCAAUUUUAGAAAGAACGCUGCUGGUAACUUUGGCCCAGAUUUGGCCAGGAAACUUUCACAAUUGGUCAAGACUGAGAAGGGAGUUUUGAGAGCUUUGGAAGUUGUAGCCAACGAGCGUCGCGCCGCUGCUAAGCAAUUAUCGCUAUGGGGUUUGGACAAUGAUGACGAUGUCUCCGAUGUCACCGACAAGCUCGGAGUCUUAAUCUACGAAUUGGGCGAAUUGCAGGACCAGUUCAUCGACAAAUACGACCAAUACCGUAUUACCUUGAAAGGUAUAAGAAAUAUUGAAGCUUCGGUUCAACCAUCUAGAGAUCGUAAACAGAAGAUUACUGACGAAAUUGCUCGUUUGAAGUACAAGGAACCUAAUUCUCCUAAGAUCCCCGUUUUGGAGCAAGAAUUGGUUCGUGCAGAAGCAGAAUCGCUUGUCGCCGAGGCGCAAUUGUCUAACAUCACCAGGGAGAAAUUAAAGGCAGCCUUUAAUUAUCAGUUUGAUUCUGUUCGCGAAUUGGCUGAAAAGUUCGCUUUGAUUGCUGGUUAUGGAAAAGCAUUGUUGGAGUUGCUAGACGAUUCACCAGUUACUCCAGGUGAAAGUAGAGCAGCUUAUGAUGGCUACGACGCUUCCAGACAAAUAAUCAUGGAUGCUGAGACUGCUUUAGAGGGAUGGACUUUGGACGCGGCUGCGGUUAAACCAACUUUGUCCUUCCACCAAACAGUCGAUGAUGUAUACGAUGAUGAAGAAGAAGAAGAGGAUGCUGUUGCUGCUGAACAAGAAUGGGCUGGUGAACACGAAGGUGGGGAAGAAGUCGUUGAAGAGAUCGAGGAUGGAACCAAAUAA